AUGGACGUUCUAAACCCAGAACUGAUGUGGAUAGGGCAACGAUGCUAUCGCGUUAACAUUCCUGAUUUAAAUCGUACCAAUCAACAAGAGACCAGAAGAAUAAAUUAUGAAGAAGAAGAUUUUGAAUGUGAAAUGGAAAUUGGAGAAGAAGAUUUUUAUGAAAUCGAAACUGUUGAUAAUGGCAGAAAGUUUCAAUUAAAAGUUCAUGUGCCGCAGUUGUUUCAUUCACAAAUUAUCGGAACGAAAGGAAAUACAAAACGGAGGCUUGAGCAAGAAACAGGAGCAUCCAUUCUAGUGCCAAAAAUUGGCUCUAAAGACACAAAUGUAAUCGUCAAAGGCAAUACGAGAAAGGAAGUAAUUUCAGCAAAAGCACGACUAGAUCAAAUCAUGAUUGCUGGACGUGCUAAACAACAAUUUACUCACUUUCUCUCGGUGCCUUUUAUAACAGAAGAAAUUAAGGGAAAUUUUGAAAAGUUCAGAACAGAAAUUCUCAACGAUCCAGACAUUCAUGGAUUAGACAUUUCAUAUUUUCAGAAGCCUGAAAAGUUGCAUCUAACUUUAGUCAUGCUAGUUCUUCUUGACAAUGAAGACCGUGCAAUUGCAAGUGAAUUUCUUCAAGAUUGUAGAGAAUUCAUCGUAGAUCCAAUCCUUCAAAACCAAACACUCAACGUACAACUCGCUGGUUUAGAUUAUAUGAAUGACGACCCAUCAGCAGUAAAUGUUCUUUAUGGAAAAGUGUCGAACGAUAGUCUUCAAGCAAUCGCCAAUGGACUUGCAAGUUAUUUCGCUGAUCGGGGUUUAAUUCAACUUAAACAGGAUAACGUUAAAAUGCAUGUAACAUUAAUCAAUUCAAAGUUUGCAAACAAUGACGAUGCUGUUGAAAAUAAUGAUCAUCAUUCAGCAGGUCAGAAAAACAACAAUCAAUUCACUAGAAAAACCUUCGAUGCAUCACAAAUCUUGAAAAAGUACAAAGACUACUAUUUCGGUUCAUUGAAAGUCGAAGAAAUUCAUCUAAGUCAAAGAUUUUCGCAAGCAUCAAACGGAUUUUAUGAAGCAACAUCAGUUCUCAAAUUGAAAUAA